AUGGAUCCCCUUAUUUCCGGUUCAUCAACAAAUCCCACAAUACUCGUCGUUUCUAGACAAUUAAUGCUUCAAAAUUACAUCGAAGGACUGAGAAGUAGACUGCUCGAAAACGGAAGACAUAAAUCUGAGCUUUACCAGACCCGUGGCGCAGACCCACCAGAAUUUUUCAAGUCCGACCAGAUUCUUUCCACAGGCGCCGGACACUUGUGGAAUCAACUUAUAACAACAAUUCUACUUCAUACUCAGCAAGACAAGGAUAUUAAGGGUGCAAAUGAGCGCCUUUAA